CGAGCGGGAGGCGGCAGGGGUGAUUUAUCUGUUUGACGCGCAACGCAGUCGCAGAAAAUGUAAAUAUCUGGGCUGGAAUGGUGCAGGCGGCGCGCGACAUUCCACUGAGGCACUGAAUGCGCGACUGCUAAAUUAUUUUUGCGGGGCUGUCAGUAAAAGGCGUCGGUGGUAGAGUGGCGCAUGAGACGUAAGAAGAAGAAGAAGAGGAAGAAGAAUAAGGGAAAACAUGUCAGCAAGCAAUCGGAAGCCAAAGGACAACCAGGAGAUUUUUUCCAAGAGGGUACGAGAGCUCGGUAAAGGCAACGCCAACAGGCAGUGCUUUGAGUGCGAGCAGCCCGGAGUCACGUAUGUGGACAUCACCGUCGGGAGUUUCGUGUGCACGUCAUGCUCUGGGAUCCUGAGAGGCCUGAAUCCACCACACCGUGUGAAAUCCAUCUCCAUGACAACAUUCUCACAACAGGAAGUGGAGUUCCUUCAGGCACAUGGAAAUGAGGUCUGUAGUCGUAUUUGGCUUGGCACAUUCGAUCGCCGCACUCAAGUUAUUCCUGACUCUCGAGACCCCCGCAGGCUGAAGGAGUUCUUGCAGGAUAAAUAUGAGAAGAAGAAAUGGGCAGUGUCACCAGACAGGGCCAGGACUGGCAUUAGAACCACAGUGGAGCCCAGUGGGUCAUGGAGUUCGGCCCCGAAUGGCAAGAAAGUGCCAUCUCCGAAAGAAGCGCCCACCCCGCUCCUGUCGAUCAGCAGGCCCACUCUGUCCCAGUCUGUCUCUCUGAACCAAACUCAGCUGCACAGAGCGCCCCCUGGCUCCUUGACUGACCUGAGGACGGACGCCUUUACCGCUCUUCCUCAUCGCCCAUUCAGCUAUGGUACUCAGCUAACAGCUACAGGCCAGCGGAGGUCAAGUACAGGUCGUAGCCCCACAUUCCCAGGUUUUGAUGCCCACAACCAGGAAUUAACCUCUUCAGGUGUGCUUUCCUCAUCAGGUGGUACUGCCUUUCCAGCUCUGCCAAGACCCACAGCCAGCGGGACAUUCAGAAGCGCGUUCCCAUUUGGUGGUAAUGUCUCCUCCUCGUCCUCCUCCUCUUCCGGUCCUGGCAGUUUCCGUAAGUCUAGCAGUGUGGACUUUGGGAGGUCUACUUCCAUACAACCCACCUCUGGUGACAAGUAUGCUGCACUAACUGAGCUGGACAGCAUCUUCUCAGCACCAUCUCCACCUAACACGGCACCCCCUGGUGGCCUCUCUGAGUUUGGCAGUUUCUUUGGCAACAGAUUGUCAUCCAGCACUACCCCUAGCAGCUCCCCCGGAGUCACCCAGUCUGUCUCCACCCCAUCGGCCUUUCCAGUUUUUUCCAAUCCGUUCGGAGUGAUGGCCGUCAGCCAGCCCCCACUGUCACCCACCAAUCCUUUCCUCAAUAACAGCUCCAGCACAGAUUCCACCAUCCACCUAGCAAACACGAUGCAGAGGCAGGGGCCGCCAGUAUCUAGCAACCCGUUCACAGGAGCGAUGGUGCAGACCAGUGGCAUCUCGACCAACCCCUUCCUUUAGCCACCAGGGAGGAUGUGGCGCCUGUCGGGAGGAUGUGGCGCCUGUCCAGAGGAUGCGCCAGACCAACACGUCAAUGUUUCCCGUGACCUUCCAUUUCUUCAGCCGACAUUGCAUUUUUUGAUUUUCUAUCCACCGCUAUCCAGAUGAAACUUUCUCGGUUGGGCCAAAGUAAUACACGGUCCCAUGUUGUGUUUCCAUCAUUCAGCUGAGGUCGAGUUACACCAAAAAGAGCAAAGGGAAGACGCGAUUAGUGGUGACGGAGCUCAUUGUACAUUUCUAUUUUUAUAUUGGAACAAAAGGGGGAAUGAGAAAACGUCCCGAAGGCCAUCAUAGCAUACGAGCCGAUACAUGCGUGUUGGCCUGUACAGGUGGAAGCCGAGUCCUCGUCUUUAGCACACGUCUUUUAAACACGGCCGACUUCAGGGUGCAUGUGGCUGGUGUUUGUGAUGACGAGUGUACACGCCGGGCCUGAUUAAACGCCACUUGGUCUUACGA